AUGGGAGGUGGGAAGUGGAGCGCAGUUGCGAAAGAGGUAAAGAUGGUGAGCUAUGUGGCGGCGCCAAUGGUUGCUGUAACGGUUUCGCAGUAUCUGUUACAGGUUGUUUCCGUGAUGAUGGUGGGACACCUGGAUCAGCUCUCGCUUUCCGGGCUCUGUAUCGCCACCUCUUUCACCACUGUAACCGGCUUCAGUCUCCUUUGUGGGAUGGCUGGUGCUUUAGAGACUCUAUGUGGACAAGCUUACGGGGCAGAGCAAUAUGAAAAGCUUGGAAUCUAUACUUACACCGCCAUCAUUUCUCUUCUUCUGGUUUGUAUCCCAAUAUCUCUCCUCUGGCUCUUCACCGACAAGCUACUAAUCCUCAUAGGCCAAGAUCAUUCAAUCUCACAUAUAGCGUACAAAUACUCUCUCUGUCUCAUCCCUGUCCUCUUUUCAUUCGCCAUUCUUCAACCGCUCACUCGCUACUUCCAGACUCAGAGCAUCAUCCUCCCAAUGCUCUUCACUUCAUGUGCAACUCUAUGUUUCCACAUACCCCUCUGUUGGGCUCUUGUUUUCAAGGUAAAUUUAGGGAGUGUUGGUGCAGCAUUAGCCAUUAGUUUCUCGUAUUGGUUGAAUGUCUUGUUGCUUGGGUUAUACAUGAAGUUCUCUUCUGCUUGUGAAAAGACUCGUGCCCUGUUCUCAAAGGAUGUCUUCUUCAGCAUGAGGGAGUUCUUUCGGUUUGCUGUUCCUUCUGCCGGCAUGGUUUGUCUUGAAUGGUGGUCAUUUGAGGGUCUCAUUUUGCUUUCGGGGCUUUUACCAAAUCCAAAAACGGAGACUUCAGUUCUUUCGAUAUGCUUUACAAUUACUUAUUUGCACUACUACGUGGCAUACGCAUUUGGUGCCACUGCAAGUACUCGGGUUUCAAAUGAGUUGGGAGCUGGGAAUCCACAGGCAGCUAAAGUGGCUGUCAAGGCCAUAAUACUUGUAUCAAUUGCAGAGAUGGUUACUGUAAGCAUGAUUCUCUUCUUUUGCCGCAAUGUUUUGGGAAAUGCCUUCAGCAAAGAGAAGGAAAUUGUGGACCAUGUUGCAGAUAUGGGGCCUUGGAUUUGUCUCUCGAUUAUUAUGGAUAGUUUACAAGCUGUUUUUUCAGGAGUUGCUAGAGGAAGUGGGUUGCAGCAUAUAGGAGCCUAUGUCAAUCUUGGUGCAUAUUAUCUGGUUGGGACUCCAAUAGGUGUUGUCUUGGGUUUCGUUUUACACUUAGGAGGCAAAGGGCUUUGGAUUGGACUAGUGACAGGAUCUACUGUCCAAGCUACUCUGCUUGCUCUCAGAACCUGUUUCAACAAUUGGCAAAAGCAGGCAAUAAAAGCAAGAGAGAGGAUACUUGAGGGAGAAGAUUCUUAG